AUGAAGUAUUCACAUUAUAAAGAAAAUUAUAUAGAAUCUAACUUAAAAGAAGAGGUUACCUUUUCAAGUGAUGAGACUACAGAUACAAAUAUUGUGAAAAGAAAAUAUUAUACAGAAAAUAAAAAGCAAAAAAAAGGUAAAGAAGAAAAACGUUCAUUCGUAAAUUAUUUAAAAAUAAAGAACAAACCCGACAACAUAAAUAAACAAUUAUCUAUAGGAGAUAAUUUCAAAAUUUUAAUAUAUGGAUGUAUGGGAAUAAGAACAUAUAAAGUAUAUUGUUACAUAAAAUAA